AUGUGCCACCACCACGCAUGCGCCACGGGCUCAGCCGACGGCGUCCAGACCGUCUUGUCGCCCAAUCCACACUCGAAAUCAGGCCAGGACGGAGACGGGCUCUUCCAGUGCAGCUACUCUCGUGCGGAGAGGAGGAGUGGAUUGACACAGACGCACACGGGCGAAGCGAUGGAAGCAGCCAUGCUGCCUCGAACCCUGCUUCAUAAGCCCACAACCCCACCAAACGCUCCCAUCGGCUCCUGCUCCUCCGGUGUCAAAUGCCUCUUCAACCCCUUCGAUCAAGGGCGAACAAUGCGGUACACCAUCUCCCGACUCGUUUGGGCUUAUCGACGUCUCGAACCCGCCGCUGUCCCGCCCGACGCUUUACUCCCCGCUUCGCUGUGCGAGCGUACCUUCCCCUGUCCAUCCGCAUACCUCUGGGGUAUCGAUUCGCUGGUCGAAAGCCCCCCUCUUUCCUGUCAAACAGGUGCAUCGGCAGUCUCCACGCUUCUUUCCUUCCAUCACAGCGACUGGGGGAUCAGGAUGCACCGACACGAUGGGAGCGAGUAUUUGCCGGCGGUGUUGGGCAGCCAGCCGCACGGGAGCCAGGUGAUUGCACUCAUGCGCUUCUCGCAGGAGGCCAUGACGUGGAAUCUGCCCGUGCUCAUCGCGCAGACCUUGCUCGUGGCCGAAAUCGUUCGAACCUACCCUGCGGAAGUGCGUAUGCUGAUGCGCAUCGUCCGUCGAGGCCGUCCGAACGUUGCCGAGAUUUUUUUCAUGGUGAUCAAGUACCUUGCACUGAUCGCGGUGAUCCUCGACAUUCUGGUGAGCGACACGUUUGCGGCGACGACGGACUUUGCAUGUCGCUCGUGGGCAUGGACCUCGUCCACGUUCUACUUUGUCUGCUCGACGCUGGUAUUCUGCGUGAUCGGUUGGCGAGCGCGGAUCAUCUUUCGCACGUCGCAAAAGGCGACCUACCUCAUCUCGGGCGGUUUGGUCGUGCAAUUGGCCAUUUCAAUGUGGACCAACUGGCGCGUAGUCAAGGCGGAUGCGCUGACUGUCGCCGGCACAUGCGCACCGGCAGCCCAAGUGCACGCAGGACCCGACGGUAACGGUGCGCUCCGCAUCCACUUUUGGCAGAGCUCCACAUUCUGGUUCCUGCUGUACAACACGCUGUUCGAAACGGCGCUGCUGGCGACGUGCAGUCUGCGGCUGUACAAGACCUCGAGUGGUCCCGCUGGCCUCACACGCAUUGCCAAGAUGCUCUUUGUCAACAACGUGCACUACAUGGCGGGCGUCGAGACAUGCAACCUGAUCGAACUCAUCAUGCUGCUUGGCUGGGCCUCCAGCCUGCCUGCGGUGCACAUGACGAGCAUCGCUAUCCAGAUCGUUGUGGGAUUGCAGAUGCUGAUUGGAGAGCAGGAGGCUGUGCAUAGCCCUAGCUGCUCGCGCGUCGGCUACUCGGUCGCCAACUCGACCACCAGCAGCUACGCCAAGCCGACUGCCACCACCGCCACCAGCGACGCUUCGUAUUCGGGACACGUGCGCGCACUGUCAUACAUCAAGAGACCCGCAACCGCCGGUUCGGCGAGAGAGCCGGCGUACAUCCAACAUCGUGGCCGCGGUCGCAAGGGCACGCUCUCGUCCAUCUCGAGCGUGCCACGGUACGCCAAACCCAUCCCGGAAGAGAACGUACCUGGCAUGCCACAAAGGGCUGCCACCGCUCCAGAUAACGGCGUCCAAGUCUCGAUCGAAAUGCCGCCACUCGCGCACGCCAGCUCGGCACCCAACGGUUCCGCGUACCAUCCUCAAUAG